AUGAACACAGUCGCCAACGACUUUGAAGAGGAACUAAAGCGUUGGGACAAAUACUGGACAAUGGACUCAGCCGGAAUAUGCAAGUUCACAGGGACAAAAAACGCGGAGAAAGAGGCGGUAAACCAGAAGAUUAAAAAAGGAAAUAUUUUCCAUUACAUCCCACAUCUACCGGUUUUAACUCCGCAUAAGGAGACGACAAAACUCAGAAUCGUCUUCGACGCAUCGUCACACUAUAGAGAAUGUCCUUCCCUCAACGACAUUCUUUAUCAAGGACCACUUAUUCUUCCAGAACUAGACCUCGAGUCGCUGGUCACAGAAAACAAUAUGAUCACAUUCCGCUUCACCAGAGUGACAUUCGGACUUAACGUAUCACCGUUUCCCCUCGCAGGCACAGUACAGUACCACCUUCAGAACGCAGUAGAAGACAAGAAACUAGCACAAGAAAUUCGAGACAAUUUAUACGUCGACAACUUGAUACUCGGCGCACAUGAUAACGAAGAAUUAAGACAAAAAGCCAUAGCGACACGACAGAUCUUCAAGGACAUGAACAUGAAUCUGCGCGAGUUCCUGGCCAACACGGAUUCACCACAGAAACUCCUUCCACAGCAGGCGAUUGCCAAAUAA